UCGGGAGUGCCCAACUCCCAACAUGCAGCUGUUUUGCGUGCGGAUGCAAAGCCCUCUCCCUUCUCCCUCCUGCUGUCUACCUUUCGGGCGGGGAGUCGCGGGCUGCCAGCCAUCACCCAGCCCCGUCGGGCACGCACAGGGCACCGCUGACUCCUCUGGGCUGAACAAGGCAGGGGCGGCCCCAGCCGGGCACCCCCGGCAGCCUGGGCCGCGGGCCCGGCGGGGUGCCCGGAGCUCGCCUUCCCCGCGGGGCCGUGCCGCCCCCUCGACCCCCCGCCCCUGCCGAGCCCCCUGCCCGGCUAUAAAGCCCGGCGGGCCGCCGAGCCCGCUCCUCGCCGUGCCAUGGCCGCGCUGCGCUUCGGGGAGCCCCCGGCGGAGCCGCCCGCCUUCCCCGCGGGCAGGUGGCCGGGGGGCGGCGGGCCCGGCCCGGCCCCGCCCGCCCUCAGGGCGCUUCCCCCGGCCGAGCCGUCCGAGGGCGCGCCGGCGGCCUCGCAGCGUCGGAAGCGGACCAGCUUCACGGCGGCGCAGCUGGAGACGCUGGAGCUGGUGUUCCAGGACACCAUGUACCCCGACAUCUACCUGCGGGAGAAACUGGCCGACGCCACGCAGAUCCCCGAGUCCCGCAUCCAGGUCUGGUUCCAGAACCGCCGCGCCAAGUCCCGCCGCCAGCGGGGCCCGCCCCGCCCCGGGCCCGCCGCGCCGCCGCCGGGCUGCCCGCGGCCGCCCCGCUUCGCCGCCCUGCGCGGCCCGGAGCGGCCCCGCUGCGCGCUCCCCGGGCUGGCCCGGGCGGAGGACGGCUCGGGCCCCUACGCGUGGCCGCCGGCCGCCGGCUUUCCCCCCAGCCACGGCUUCGAGGGCUUCCCGCCCGGGCAGCCCGGCGGGGCCGAGCCCGGCCCGUUCGCGGGCAGCGCCGCCGGCCCCUUCCCGCCGGGCCGCGCCUUCUGCGGGCAGUACUCGCCCGUGUCGGACGCCGAGGACACCAGCGGCUACUCGGAGUCGGGCUCGGAGUGGGAGGAGAACGCGCUCGGCGCCUUCCGCGCCCUCUGAGCGCCGCCGCGGCGGCACGGGUGAAGGCUCCCGGCGGAGCCGUCCCGCUGCCCGGGCGUGGAGCAGUCACACACCGCGCUACCUCACUGCUGCUCUGCCACUGUUGCACUUUAUCCGGUAGUAACUGAUUGUACCUAUUUAUUUAAGAAAGAUACGGGUCGGCUCCAUCAGCUGAGGGCAUCUUUUUACACUGUAUUUAAAGUUUUCUUGUAUCAUGUUUAGUGUAUCUAUUUAACCUUCUUUAGCCAAAAAGCUAACACAAAUCUACUGUGUUUUGGGGGUGGGGGGUGGUCUUAAAAAAGAGUUACAGUCUGUCGGGGUUUUUUGACCAAGAAAAUAAAGGUUUACAUUUUUGA